GUCAUACUUGGCCUUGCAAUGGUGCGAAAUGGGACAGAGCGAGCGGAGGGGGCAAGCCGGAAUACUGUGUAGCGGCAGGUGUUCAGUAACCACUGAGUUCUAGAGUUCAGAGCAGACAUAAGCUGAAACGUUUUUGGUGCAGUUCAAUGGCGCUGGCCUUGCGACAGCAGGUUUGCCUAGGGAAGUGUGCUUCCUGCGCCGCGCCACGCGGAGCAACUCAAGGUCGUGGGCUCAGACGCGGGACGCCGCCGCCGCCGCAGCAGCAGCAGCAGCAGCGGCGGUGGCGGCCGCCGCGUCAGCAUCACGCGCGGCAGCGACGACGGCAGCAGCGACGGCAGCGGCGGCAACGGGGACCACGACGGUGAUGCGCCACAGGGCAGCAAGCACAGCACUUCAUCCGGUGCGAACAUCUCAACCGGAGCGAGCCGGGCUGGCCAUUAAAGGUGGUGGGCUGGCCAUCGGGCUGGCUAGCGCGGGCUCACGCAUCGGCGAGGGCCUGAGCUGCGGCCGCAAGGGCUUCGGCGCCGAGUCCUUCGCUUGGCCAGGGUGGCAGCGGCAGCAGCGUGCCGCAGUCGGCUGCAGCGGACCUGGGGUCCAAAGCGGCUAACACGCUAGCGGCAACAGCUGAAAAGGGGCUGCUGCUCACCUGCAUCAAGUGGGUGGCCGACAAAGUGCGUUUGAUGCUGCCAGAGCGAAGGACGGGCGUGGCGGCACAGCCCACUUUCCCCUUGAGAGGGAGGCCCACCUACCUUAUUCACUUCCAUUUUGAUAUUUUAUGAUUGUGGGUCUGCACGCCGCACAUUUAGUCACCAUAGAAUGCUGUCUGGUGCACGUUGCAAAUUGUGGUCGGGGACGGAGCAGGUUCAUGAGAGGGAGAGUGUCUGGAUUGCCAAAUAUAAAUGGUGCACACGAUGGGGACGGCUUAGCCACAUACAAUUUCACUCCGCGCGUUGUAUUGGUUGGAAUGCAAGAUGGUUUUCAAGAUUCAAGACUUCUUCAAGACUUCUUGCUUGCUGUUGCGCUGCGUACCAACUACCAAGGCCACUGCCAAAUUGUUUGCCACCUGCUGGGGUUUGGGAGUCAGCUGCACCCUACAGGACUUCACCAGCCUGCCUUACAACUGUCCCAUCGCAUACCAAGGCCACUGCCAGGCCGGGCCAGGUGGCGGGGCCGGGUUGAGGGCAGGGCAGGGUGUGCCAGUGAUUAGGUGGGCUCAGGAGGUGCGGGCUGGGCUCGGCAACCCAUCCAGAUGUAUGUAUGGCUGGUUGUUGCAUGGGCCAUGGGGCUCAGGGGCCACUUUGGCAGGUAGGUAGGAAGGGUUGCAUUUUCGUGCCGCUGUGCUCACGUGCGGGUUGGGCGGUUGGGCCAACGGCGAAUUAAGCUGGAUUGACGAGGUCAUCAUCCCUGCGGAUGUCUCCAUACAUUGCCUAUGGGAGCCUGCACCCAUCCGGCCUUCGGCCUAUGAUCUUCGCGCCAUGCCGCCCUAUGUAAUGUUUUGCUGCC